AUGGUCUCGAACCUGAGGGUGAUGCUUGACCAAGCCCUUGGCUCCGGCGACGAUGCCGGAGCGGUCAACUUUCUCGAGCUCAAGGUGAUCCUGGACGCGAUUCUGGUCAAGUUGGACAUCGGAGCCGAGCUCCCACAGGUCGGGCCUAACGGAGAGGUCCGACCAGCCACUGAUAAAUAUCACGAACGCCUUCAGCAGUUGGAAAAAAUUGUCGAAGGAAUGACGCGGCCUAAAAGCCCAAAUACGCUUAUUCAACAGACGCAGAACGGAGACGAAGGGCCAAUUACGAAGGAUUUCGCCGAAAAUAGGCUGAAAAAGCGAGUCGACGCGAACGAGGAGGGAAUCGAGAAGGCGCUCGAUAUGCUCGAAAAGCUCGCCCGCCAGUUGAAAAACGUCGAAAGCGAUUUGAAGGAUACCAAGGAUAGAAUGGCGAGCGAGCAAAAAGCACAAGAUGAUCACCUGAGCGCCUUGGACUCAUUAGUAAAGGAGCUUGAGUCCAAGAUGGAGGAGAACAAAGCGGCAACUGACAAGGUACACGACCUUACCGACAGACUCGCCAAUCUCGAAGAACGAGCUGCUAAGGUCGAACAAAUUGCCAAAGAAGCUGUUAAUUGGUCCCAACUCGACGAAUCUUUCAGCCAUGAUUUCUUUGGCAACGAGCUUGACAACGAAAUGUCCAAGUGUCACGAAGAACGCGAAAAAUAUCAAAACUAUUUUGAGGGACUUCAUAAGCUCGCUGAUAUGCGCGACAUGAUUGAAGAUAUCAACAGCGGUCUGGCCGAGCUCGACAAACAUGUGCAAUCCAAUAUUAACGAUAUAACAAAGCGACAAGUGAGUCGCUCAACCCUUGGUGAUUCAAGGCUUUCCCUCGCCGGCACACCCUCACGUGAUUACCUCCUGCAGAACUCAAACCACUCCCUAACCGGACGAGCACAGCCCCCAAGUCCCAACAUGCAAAAUAUCUCAAGCAAAGGCAGUUCUCGCACAAAUCUCAAUACUCAGCCUCAAGUUGGGGCUCCCUCGCAAGCUCUUGGAGGCUCAAACUCCAAAAUUAACCCGUCCCCUCAAGUUGCAAGAACAGAUCCCGCGGCCUCUAGCUCUAACAAGCAAGAUGGAAAUAAUGCACUUUCGAAUCAAAACAGCGGUAGUAAUAACAUUCAAAAAGACACACCAUUUACCGGCUCUUCUUCCUCAUCUCGUCGAGUUUCAGACCACAAUAUUUCUGGAACUCCGAGCAUCAACAAUGAAACUCUGAACGCACUUGGAUCAAAUCAAGCUAGUCCUCAUUCCACAAAUCAAAAUCAAAGCCUUCCUCAGUCUGUUGAUCCCCAAAAUCAAACCUCAAGUGGAGUCCCCGGUCAACAAACGACUCCAAACAAUCAGCAAAGACCAAAUCAAGUUUCGACUAACUCACCUACUAACACACAAAUCCAUUCUCCAUCUGAAAGUUGCCAAAUCGCAGAGUCACCCUCAAGUAAAAAUAGAUCGCAACUUGCAUCAUCCAAGCACGAGCUUCGACCAGGAAACAACAGCACUCGGGCUGACCACACUACUGAAGAUACAUUCAGUAGCGAGGAUAACUCGGGCUGGAGCAGCAGUAGCUCUGGCCAGAGGCAGCGGGUGCGCAAAUCCGUCGUCGCGCGCAACUCUAUCAGGCAAUCUCUCGGAAACUUCAGGCAACUCAUCAAUCUUCAAGGAAGACCUGGAAUGCCUGGGGCACCUGGACAGUUUUCACCAAAAACAUCAGAUACCCGAAUCGGAGAUGUCAACCGACGAGCAGAAGAGAUCGACGGCCGAGUCAAUGAUCUUCUCGAUGAAAAUAAUCGACUCAGACGCGACCUGGAAAUGUUCAAGUCAUCCACUGAAAAGGAAUUGGCGGAAACGAGGGCGGCAUUAAGUGAUGGAAGUAGCAGAGGAAACAGCGAGAUUUCAAAUGAGACCGUUGAGAAACUUCAGAAACAACUGAGUGGAACCGAGCGCGAAUUAAAGGCAAUGGAAGAGCUGAUUAAAUCACUGUCUGCCGAUGGAAGGGCGAAAUCAGAAGAACUGGACAGACUACAGCGACUACUGCAAGAUCUUCAAGAGCGCGCUGCUCUCAAGGACUUUGUUACGACGAGUUUGGACCAGAAGGCAGAUGCUGCAGAUCUGAGGGCGUUGUUGUCAAAGGACGAGUUGGAUAGCACGGCGCAGUCGAUUAUCAAUCAGCUUCAGGAAUUAAUAAACCGCCAAGCAGCGCACGAGCAAUCCAUGGGCGAGCACUUGAAAGAAGUCGGCCUUGAAGUCGACCAUCGCACAAAAGACGACGACUUCAACAGAUUCUCAGAGCAAAUUGAAAAACGACUUCGCGCGUUGCGUAAGAAAAUCGAAAAAGCAGGAGCAGGAGGACUCAACGACCUGGCAACUGAAGCCGGAGCCGCUGGUUUUAGGAAGCAAUUGUUUAACUGUAUUUCCUGCGACAAGGAUUUGUACAUGCGAAUAACGAAUCCGCUUCUUCCUUCUCCGUCCGCUUUCCCCGCUCGAAUGUCGCUCAGGCCGCACACCGCUUACGAUACAAAGCAUGUGAGAUCGCAAGCUCGCGGAGAACCUUCAGACUUGCUCGAUCCUAUCAAGCGUGAAGGCACAUCUGAUUACAGCACACUCCUCGUUGAAAAAGAACUAGAACGAAGACGCAAAAUGAAAGAAAACAAAAUCAGACAGGAAAUCAGUGGAUACAAUUUCAAAUCAGGAUCUAUUCCUCGACAAGUUGGUGGAAAUCGACAAGUUGUUUACGAUCGUGGAGCUCGACAAGAAGAACUGCGGCUGGCCAUGGGUACCGAUUUUGAAUCAGCAGACUUGGAAGGCACCGACGGACAUUUGUACAAAGGCCGCGUCCGAAAACUCCCUAACCUCGUCAGAAAAACACUGGACGAGGAAGACUUGAACAGAUCCCUGGACAACCCAGUGCCCGACGACGUCCAUAUUCCGCCUACCGCGCCCGAGAAGUCCUGA